UUAUACAUGUGGAGUUGAUGACGGGAACUGUAGCGGAGCUUGCCAAGAACGCCACACGAUUUGACUUGAAAUUCAGUCUACUUGUAGGGCCAGCUGCCGGCAUAUAACGGUUAUUGGCUGCUGAUCAUUCUCACAGCUCGCAUCCAUUAAGUUGAACAUCAUAUGUUCGGCAUUACAUGGAGUACUUAUUGUGUAUAUAUUUAUUAAAGGAUCUAGCUUAGACCUUCACUUAAUUCUCAAGAAUUACAGUAUGAAUUAGAUGAACCUGUAAGCCAUACAGCAUGGAGAGUCCUCGCAAAUCACCAUCUCCAGACGACCCACGUCAUAGUAAGGAGAGGGGUUCUGGCGGGACGCUCAGGAGUGGAAGUGACACUCCAGAUAUAGUUGCUAACACAAUGGAAAAUGCUUCCGCCGAGGAAGCAGGGAGUGCUGACCAAGGCCCAAGUAUCAAAAACACGUACGCGACAACCCCAGUGUGCUGCAUAGACAGUAAGAGUCACCAUGUGCCCUUGCCGCCAUAUGAACUUGUCACUAAAAAGAACGUUAAUUCCUAUCCAAUCUGUGAUAUACCUAUGCAGUAUUUUCCUUCCGAUCCACAACAACAAGUGAUAUAUGCAAAUACUCCAAGCAAUAGGGGAGAUAACUGGCAAAAGACAACAUCCCCUGGUGCGAGGAACGUGGGAGGUGACCAUCCAACUUUAACGCAACCAGCACCUGGUCAAUCCCCAGUAAAACCCGAUGACCUAUACGCAAAAGUCGACAAAACGAGGAGAAAGGACAACUUUAAGCCAAUAAAGGUUCAACCUACUUAUGAAAACACCGAAAGUCUGACUACGGUAGUUGUCAAAGAUCCGAAAACAAAAACUACGAAAGUCACCACAGAAAAGACAUCACCAGUUGAGGCUGAGGAUCUGCCUAAAGAAAUUCCCAACACAAAUAUAGCUGUUGGCUUUUUAGUCACAAUGUGUUUUAAUAUCCCCAUUGGGGCUGUGGCCAUAUUUUUUUCUCUAAUGGCCGCUAAGUCGUACCGUGAUGGGAACACAAAGCUUGGAGAAAAACGUACACGAUACGCGAUGAUUAUUAGUUUGUUAGGUAUCGUUGUUACUGUACUAUUUGUUAUGGGAGCUGUGUUAUAUCUUGCUAUGUCAUCAACGGAGAGCAAAGAAAGAAAACAUGCGCAAACUAAGAGUCAAAGUAGUUUUAGCUUAUGAAUGACUUGCUCGCUUGUGACUCGAUAACAAAUACAACGUAGAGUAAAUGUCGGUAUUAUGGUUUAGAAUAAGACUUAAAUGUUGAGAGGUGAGGCGAGAGUGUACGAAAUGUUUUAGCUGUGCGACGUUAAGUAUGUGCAUUGUCGAAGAGAUAAAUGUUAUUCUAAAUGCGGCUAGAAAUAUUCUCAAAACGCUGCAUGAAAACUACAUUACCAGCAAUGUCUUAUUGGAAAUGUAGAAUGGUGUGUUUCGAAUAUAAUUACCCCCAGAAACUGGGAAUAACCCACAAUACCCCUACACGAAACGCAUGUUGUGUUUGGAACACAAUAACAAUAUGAGAUACUAAAAUGUGUAGGCCAGUUAUGUCGCAGUCGUUUACAAUUCGUAUCAGUUUAGAAAGUAAUUGUGUUCAAAACACACAGCUUUAUCAUCAAUAAACGUUUUAUUUUAAUAUUACCUGUAGGGCGGUUUCUGGGUACGGGUUUUGUGGGGUUACACAUCUUAGCGUCUCUAGAUCAGUCAUAAUUCUUGUCGGAGAUCGUUUCAUAUUUUUAUGGUAAUUGUGUUCAAAACCCACAACGUUAUCAGCUUCAUUUAACUAAAACCGGUAAUAUUGUUUUUAUUUAGAGUUAUGUGCUUUAGGUUAGGCUAUUUGGGGUACGGGUUACCCUUAGUUAUACGGCUUGAGGUUUAUGGAACAUUGUUUUAUAUUUAGGUCCUGGCUUGAGGUUUAUGGAACUUGAUUUUGAGAUUUUUAAGUUCAGUUUAAUGAUAUUGGGUCGAAAAUUAAUGAAUAAUAUUUAUUUAUUUGUAUUUACGUUGGGUAUGACUUGAUUUGUAACAUAAUAUCAAUAUUUUUUCUAAUGUUACAAACCGUUAAUUCGAAAUUUAUUCAUUUCCAAUUCAUCAAAUAUUCUAAUAUUCUUUAUUAGGUUAACCAUUGGAUUUUUUUGCGCAUGUCAACUUGAUUCUGUAACAAUGUAUUUAAAUUUUGAACAACCGUUCAAACAAACCCUCAUCAUCUAACUGACGGAUAGGGUUUAUUUUUGUCUGUUCAAUAAAGCCGGUUAAAGGAUAGGAAAGUAUAGGCACAUGUUUAUUUAUAAAACUCUAGUUUAAGAUCUUAUGUGAAAGCGUUAUGAGUGGAAAGUAUAAAGCAAUCUGUCAACCUGGACACCCACCAUUAUCGGUCGUGUGUAGAUUCACGAAACCUGGUAUGACCAGCGUAAGAAAGAGUUGAUCCUAACCAUGUUACAAAAUUCCGGCUACUGAUCAGUUAACGCGGACCACGUUUCGGUUCUAAGAUUUUUUUUUUAUCCUUUCCAAAGAGUAAUUGAUUUUAAAUAUCUUCCGUAUCUUUGAAAUAGGGAAUAUUAAUUCGGCACAUUUUCUGAUUGUUCUUUUUUGUCAUAUUCUUAAAGUGCAUCAUUUCUUUUCCGUUUAAAUGCAUAGUUCCAUAAGCUGACUUCGAUAAGCUGACAAAACUGGCAGAAAACUCAUUAAUUAUGUAACACUUCUAUGAAGCAUGUACCAAGAUUCAACUUUUUGAAUAACUGCCGGGUUUCUGAUUCGGGGGUAAGAAAGGAAACAAGAGUCCUCCCACAAAGGGUUGGUGUUUCCAAAGAGCUGGACGGAUUCGGAGGUGCACUGCAUAACUGACGAGCUUCUCUCAUUGGGUGAUAUUAUUGUUAUGACCUUAAACAAACAUCGAAUUGUUGACAAUAUUUGUAACCUUUUGAGAAUGGGGUUAAUUGUAAUAAUUGUACAUAGAUUAUAAACAUGUAUAGAUAAUGAUAUUAUAAAUUUGUAUAAAGCUAUUAACUUAUUUUAAAAAUAUCUCUCUCGUUACUAAUUUAACAUUAAUAACAGUGAGUCAAACUAAAAGCGCCUAGAUAUUAUCAAAUGAAUGACUCGGCUCGAUAGCAGCCCAACGUUUACGAAUUUAAUGAUAAAUGUUAUUAGAAGCCCACCCCUCAUCAUUGUUAAUUUGUGUCUUCCUCAUGCCUUGAUUCGAAAAGGGAUUAUUAUCUCGAGUAUUUCUAUUCUAAACUGAAUGCAUUUUUCUCGAGUAUUUCUAUUCUAAUACAAAUGUAUCUAUCUCGAGUAAUUCUAUUCAAAACCGAAUGUAUCUAUUUUGAGUAUUUAUAUUCUAAAACAGAUAUAUCUAUCUCGAGUAGUUCUAUUUGAAACCGAAUGUAUCUAUUUUAAGUAUUUAUAUUCUAAAGCAAAUGUAUCUAUCUCGAGUAAUUCUAUUCGAAACCGAAUGUAUCUAUUUUGAGUAUUUAUAUUCUAAAACAAAUGUAUCUAUCUCGAGUAAUUCUAUUUGAAACCGAAUGUAUCUAUUUUGAGUAUUUAUAUUCUAAAACAGAUGUAUUUAUCUCGAGUAGUUCUAUUCGAAACAGAAUUUAUAUAUAUCUUGAGUAUUUAUGUAUUAAAACAAAUUUAUUUAUUUCGAAUAUUUCUAUUCGAAACCGAAUGCAUUCAUCCCGACUACUACUAUUUGUGUUAACCGUCUGGAGAAUUUUCACGCCUUGAUAAGUCUUUCUUUUAUCGAAACCGAAUAUUUUUAUCCCGUGUAUAACUGGAGGCAGACCACCAUUAAUUUCCCCAUUGACUUCAAUGUUAAUUCUGGCCUCUUUGCCCACCUCCAACUUUUCCCAAAAUUUUCGUUGGACUGAAUGCUUUUCACUACAGACAAAGGAACAAAUGGUCAUGUCUUUGCACUAAAAUUUGUAUGGGGUUGACCACCAAAAUUUUUGAGAUACACAAACCUGAAGAAGCAUACUAAAAACAUGUAACUAGUUGCCGAACAUCACCGUAGCCAAUAUGAUAACCCCGUUAUCCUUUCGCCUCACAAUCAUGAAUAUUUACCAAAACCUGGCAGAAAAUGUUAAUUCAAACCCUCUUCAUCCAUUCUAGACCAAAAAAUCAACCAAAAUGGGCAUGCAAAAGGGGAGAAAAGAUACAGAGACAGAAUUGCUAUAAAUAGACGAACUACAAUUUAAUGGUGGUCUGUAUCCAACUAUUUGUGUAAACUAUCAGGAGAGUUACUUCCCUUGUCCCAAUGUUAUUUCGCUUUAACAACCACAAAGAGUUUUGAUUAGAUAUUUCCCAUCGAUUCUGGCAGAAUUGUUGCGUUUUUAUUUAUUACUUUACAGCCCAUCUAAGUCGUCACUUUAUUUUCCUAGAAUAAUUUAUAUGAAAUUUGUUAUAUAUGAAUAUCUAAGUAUAUCUCAUAGUUAAAUAUAAGCACGGAUUUUGUUCACAUGAUUAAGUCUAAUGAACUGCCGAGUAAAUCUAUUAUAGAAUACUAAUUAUAAUUAUGUAGAUCGUUGAUGUAGGUCUUGGGCCUUACUGUUGGACAUUGUAUGUCUUAAAGCCCCCGGUCGACUUUGCUGACGCCAACAACUUAUUUUUUUUAUAUACGCAUAAUAAGUGUCAGAUGUUUAGUUUUGAUAUGGGAUCUUUCGAAGUACUUUGAAGUAGUCGAUGAAACUGGAUUUAAAUUAAACUGACUUUCGACCUCAAUGAUCGGAGACUAUGUGCUUUAGAGUGGUACAGAACAGACCUGAUCUAGAAAUUCUAUGAUUACACCUAAAUAUAUUCCAUACUUUGGAAAAAAAAGUUUGGCGCUUUCUUCCAACUUUUUUCUAGAUUUGAUAAUGGAUUCGUGUGUAUGUCUGCUGCAUUAUAUGUUUUACAAAUGCAUGUUUAAAUAAAUAUUUGUUUAAGUUAUACGGGAUUCAGCUGUUUUUGUUGGAUUAUUUUUUAAAGUGGACCUGGCCUUUCAGAUAAUUUAGAACGUAUUAUCUUUAUAUUGUACAAUUGUUAUUUUGACUAAUUGUUGUUAAAUUAUAAAUUGUGUAUAUAAUAAUACUUUAAUGUGCCAUAAGUGUUUUGUACAUUGCGUCAAGCUGUAGUACUAACGCAUGUAAAUUAUAAAAUGCAUAAAUAUUUUAGGCUUCAAAAUUUGACCAUAUAUUGAAAGUAGUGACUGCCUGUUUGUUUCAGUGCCUUAACUGUUCCUCAAUAAAAUCAUGUUAGA